CUGAUUGUUUUUUUUUAAAGACUUGUCGGUUUCCAUGGCAACGGUGAUCACUUUGAUACUUGAUACCUAUUUCCUUGCAUGAUAUUACAUUUAGACCAACAUAUGUAAAUUUGAAGCAUUUUGGUAAUUUUGACACUUUCCAUAUUUUGCCAAAAUUGCUCGAUGCUUGCUGACAUCCACUCUUAAAACUUAUGUUUGUUGUUAGAGGGGUAGCAUUACAUAUAUUCGAUCAUUGUGAUGAGUCUAUUUGGCUGUUUUACAGUGUAAACCGACCUGGUUCUCUUUAUAAUAACUUGUCAUUACCUGAAGACAACGUAGGUUCUCAUAGCUAGUGUCAAUAAUACAAAAGAUGCUUUCCUGUACGUUUAUUGAUUUGUUUCUUUCUUUUGCAUUAUGUCUAUUUUUCAUAUGUCAUACUUUUGUUGAUAAGCAUAGUCGACAUUAAUUCAAUAAGCAUUAUUAUUACGACAAAAACAUAUACAGUCACACCACGAGUCUUUGACAAAGGCUGGAUCACAACAGUGUAACGGUGUCCCUAGUUAUUCUAAGAAAAUUGAGUCGGUUUCAGCCCUCCAGUUUCUAGUCGAACAUUUGUCUUAUCUUCUUUUGUGUUCAUGAUUUUUAAAAACGAAAUCGAUAGCAAAUAAAGCGUGUAUUGAUUUAUAGUGGUAGGAAACAACCAGACUAUCUCCAUUCAAAUAACACCCAUUUUGAAUUCUGAGCUGAUAUGCAAACUUUUACGAAGGUGAACACUAUAAACAUAGCUCCGAUUGAUGUUUUUCUUUAAAAUAAUGUUCAUUACCAUGGUAUUACAACUAAACUUCAAUGUUAGUUACCAUGGCAUUGCAAGCAAACGCAAAUGUUCCUUACCGUGGUAUUGCAACUAAACGUCAAUGUUCGUUACCAUGGUAUUGCAACUAACGUCAAUAUUCGUUACCAUGGCAUUGUAACUAAACGUCACUAUUCAAUACCAUGGCUUUGUACUUUAACGUCAAUGUUCGUUACCAUGGUAUUAUAACUAAACGCUGAUGUUAGUUACCAUGGUAUUGUAACUAAACGUCAAUGUUCGUUACCAUGGUAUUGUAACUAAACGUCAAUGUUCGUUACCAUGGUAUUGUAACUAAACGUCAAUGUUCGUUACCAUGGUAUUGUAAGUAAACGUCAAUGUUCGUUAACAUGGCAUUGUAACUAAACGUCAAUGUUCGUUACCAUGGUAUUGUAACUAAACGCCAGUGUUCCUGACCAUGGUAUUGUAACUAAACGUCAAUGUUCGUUACCAUGGUAUUAUAACUAAACGCUAAUGUUAGUUACCAUGGUAUUGUAACUAAACGUCAAUGUUCGUUACCAUGUUAUUGUAACUAAACGUCAAUGUUCGUUACCAUGGUAUUGUAACUAAACGCCAGUGUUCCUGACUAUGGUAUUGUAACUAAACGUCAAUGUUUGUUACCAUGGUAUUGUAACUAAACGCCAGUGUUCGUUACCAUGGUAUUCUAACUAAACGCUAGCGAUUUGAAUAACAUGGUGUUAAGUUGCUAUUGUAUUUCGUCUAGUAUUUGACGAUCUAGGAUGUUUCAGGUGUUAUUACAUAAACCCAACUGAAAGAAGUGUUAGAUAUUGCCUAUGUGUCGAAAACAUAUAAUCGACGCAAACAGGAACACUGUUAUAAAAAUUCUAGCCAGAACCAAUGGGAUUUUGUUCUAAUGUUGCGGAUAUCCUUUUAGUAACGAUGAAUGGGGAAAUUUAACUAAACCUUGAAAUAAUUUUACACCUCUUGUCAUGAGGUGAUUUUCAACUCAAUGUCAAAUUGAAGAAUGAAAAGAUGAAAAGGCUUUAAAAUGUUUCAAUUCGAUCUUUUUGUAUGAGGCCUAUAUUAUGGGGAGUGAUAUUUUCGGGAAGGAGGUGGUGGGGGUGGGGGCGCACUAAAGCGGAAAAUACCUACCUACAGUAUCUAUACAUACAAUCGAACGCAUAGAAGGGCGAUCCACUAUAGUGGGAAAGGAAUACCUAUUUAUAUAUAAAAACAAAACUAUAGAAAAUACACAUCUAUUCAUAUACAUGUAUGGAAGUGUUUACUGUAGAAUGUUGGCUAAGCGUGGUUGCGCGAUACGUAAUACCCACUAACUAAGUCCGACUGGCCCAACCGCGAAAUAUUAACCUUUCAACUACAUAACAUUACAUGAAAAAUUAACUCUAAAGGUAGAAAUGACACUUUGUGUAUAUAGAUUUUACCUUCGUAAAGCCGGUGAGCUGUCAUUUUCUUUUGGUAAAUUAUUACAUUUUUAAAUUUUAAGAUUAUUUUUCUAAUUUGUUUUUGUUUUUAUGCGUUUUGGGGAUGUCAUAUGACCAGGAUUUUAUUAAAACCAUCUGAUGGAAGCUUAUAUCACUCGACGUGCACAUAUCCACGAACCGGUACAAUGAUGAACACGUGUGUACUUUUCGUUGUUUUGGUUUUUAUUUCAAAGUACGAUGAAGUAUUUUCAGACAAAACUGUUUUGCUGGAGAAAUACGAGGAGGAAAAGUUUAACAAGUGCAAUUGUUGAUCUUUUAAACGGAACGUAUUUCAAUUUAAGUGAUAAAGUAUGUCAGCUACAAAGGAGGGUCGAUGCUGUUGACAGAAUGACAGAUUCCGACUAUCAGUGUCAUUGUAACGAAACUGAAAUUAUUGAAUUCAAACGAUCGAUAUCCAACGGACUUGGAGACUUCUCAAAAAUCUUAUCUGGGUUUGAGAAUGAAAUUCGAAUCUUAAAAGCUGAACAGAUAGAAUUACGAGAACUGUUGGGCGACGGAGUCAGCCAUGCCAGUACAACCACCAACACACAAGCACUCGUCUGUGACGAUGGCUGGAUCAUGUCACCAGGGGGAAAGUGUUACUAUGUUUCUACCUCUCAUGAGAAAACGGAUUGGGCUAAAGCCAUUGACCGAUGUACUGCCAAGGGAGCAAAACUAGUAGAGUUCCGCACGGAUGAGGAAGCCUGGUUCAUGAUGCGCAAUUUGCCGGCACGUGUUUCAUCCGCUGACUACAUAUAUACAGGACGUAGGAGGAAUCAAGGAGGCGCGUGGGUUUUCCUUAGUAAUGACGAGAGAGUCGAUACAUCUGUGCGGUCAUGGGGUGACGGAGAGCCAGAUGGAGGGGUCCAAGAGACGUGCGGAUGUACCAAAAAGGAAGAUAACUUCAUAAUGUGGGACUGUCUCUGUACAGGAUAUAGUGUCUUUUACAUCUGCGAAACUUUGGCCAGAACUGCACGUACGACUACCGCCACCACUACUACAGUUACUCCCCGAGUCUGUGACGAUGACUGGAUCACAUCUCCGGAAAAGUGUUACUAUGUCGCCAGUCAUACCGAGCAAACAGAGUGGGCUACAGCAAUAAGUCGGUGCAAUGCCAAGGGAGCAAACCUUGUCGAGAUAAAGUCGGACGAGGAAGCUCGAUUUAUAAUGAGUAACCUGCCUUAUCGUGUUGCAAACAGUUACUUCAUAUAUACCGGACGCAAGAGGAACGAAAAGAACGAAUGGGUUUUCCUCAGCAACAACGAGCUAGUCGAUACGUCCGUAAGGUCAUGGGCUAGCGGAGAACCAGACGGAGGAUCACAGACCUGCGGAUGUAAAAAGGCGGACAACUUUAAGAUGCAUGAUUGUGUCUGUACCGGGUUUACCGAAUACUAUAUCUGCGAAAUUGUGCGUUAGGAAUCUGGUCCCAUAUAUUUACCAAAAUGUUUGUUUCGACAUGUAAUUUCUUAAGAUCAAGUUUCUUCUGUUGGGUUUCUUUGUGGUAAGGUGGAGCAGGUAAUUAUUCUUUGUCACACAAAUAAUGAAACCUGCAAAGUAGCCACGCUGUUAAACUCGGGAGUGUCUAAAGCGCACCAUAGGGUCAUUCGUUUGACCGAUUUGACUUUAAGUACACAUAAACAC